AUGCAGGUUCUUGCAAAGACCGCACGCGCCAGCGCGCUGCGUUCCAGCAUGCGCUCGUUCGCUUCGUCGGCAGCGAGAUGCCAGGCUACUCCUCUUGAGAAACCUGUCCUGAACAAGGAAUUCAAGAUUUAUCGCUGGAACCCAGAUGAACCUGCCAAGAAACCAACUCUCCAGUCUUACACCAUUGAUCUCAACCAGACCGGUCCCAUGAUUCUUGAUGCACUCAUCAAAAUAAAGAACGAAAUCGAUCCCACGCUCACCUUCCGCCGUUCAUGCAGAGAGGGUAUCUGUGGUUCUUGCGCGAUGAAUAUCGACGGUCAAAAUACCCUCGCCUGUCUCUGUCGCAUAGACAGAAACCCAAGCAAGAAUUCCAAGAUUUACCCUCUUCCUCACAUGUAUAUCGUGAAAGACCUGGUUCCCGACCUCACGCUCUUCUACAAGCAGUACAAGUCUAUCAAGCCUUAUCUCCAGAACGAUAACCCACCUGAGAAGGGCGAGUUCUUGCAAACGCAGGAGGACCGCAAGAAACUCGACGGUCUUUACGAGUGCAUCCUGUGUGCAUGCUGCUCGACGAGUUGUCCGUCGUAUUGGUGGAACCAGGAUGAAUACUUGGGUCCUGCAACGCUGAUGCAAGCAUACCGCUGGAUUGCUGACUCUCGUGAUUCGUAUGGCUACCAGAGAAAGGAGCAACUCCAGAACGAGAUGAGCAUGUACCGUUGCCACACCAUUUUCAACUGUGCACGGACUUGCCCCAAGGGUCUUAACCCUGCAGCAGCCAUUGCGAAGAUCAAGCUUGAGCUCGCAGCUGACUAA